AUGAUUGAGUUUUGGUGGAGUAAUAGUACCAACAAGAAGAAGAUAUCAUGGGUUGCUUUGCAGAAGUUAUGCAAAGAUAAGGAGUUGGGGGGAUUGGGUUUUAAAGACAUCGAGAAGUUUAACCAAGCGUUACUUGCGAAGCAAGCUUGGAGAGUGUGGAAAAAUCCGGAAUCACUCUUGGCUAGGAUCUUACAGCACAGGUACUUCCCACGGUACUCUUUUCUCGAAUGCGGUAUCGGUACCAGGCCAUCAUAUGCUUGGCGUAGUAUUCAACAUGGAAGAGAACUUUCAAGCAAGGAUUGGUGCAUAAGCUUGGGAAUCGUACAAGCACAAAAGCUUGGACUGUGUGUUGGAUCAUCGACAAAAUUCAUAGAGCUCCACGGUAUAGACAAGACGCCAUUGUCGAUUUGA